AUGAAGAGCAUUAUCCUGUCCAGCCUAGUGCUUGGCGCGCUCGGCUUCCCUGCCGACACACACGUCGUCCACCAGAAGCGUGACGCUCCUCGCCAGCACUAUGUCCGUGGCGAGCCGGCCGAUGCCGCCAUGAAGCUCCCCGUUCAGCUUGCCUUGAAGCAGAGCAACCUGGACGAAGGUGCCAAGCGCCUCUAUGACAUGGCUGACCCGAAGUCGGCCAACUACGGCAAGCACAUGACCGCCCAGGAGGCCAUUGACUUCUAUGCUGCGGAUGACAAGACCAUCAAGACCGUCACGGACUGGCUCGUCAACUCUGGCGUCCCAUCCAAGGACAUUGCCGUGGACAGCACGCGCACGUGGAUCAACAUUGAUUCCACCGUCGCCAAGAUGGAGAAGGUCCUCCAGACCAGAUACCACCUGUACCAGAGCAAGCUCAGCGGCAGAGACCACGUCGGCGUCGACGAGUACAGCCUGCCCAAGGAGAUUGCCUCUCUCGUGGACUUUGUCUUCCCCGCCGUCAGCCUCGGCCAGGUGCAGCGCCGCGACGGCGUCGCGCCGGUCAAGGGCGCCGCCGACAAGUACGCCGUCAAGGAGCCCGUCCGCGCCCUCGAGCAGGGCGUCCUUGACCGACUCAACUCCAAUAAGACGGUUGGCUGCGACGAGGUCAUCACCCCCAAGUGCAUCCGGGACAUGUACAAGAUCCCCCUCGAGAACAAGCCCGAGUACGUCAACUCGCUCGGCAUCUGGGAGACCGAGGACACGUUUGACCAGGAGGACAUUGACCUCUUCAUCGCAAAGUACGCGACCAACGUGCCCAAGGGCACCAAGCCGUCGCUGGCGCUCAUCAACGGCGCCACCGCCCCCGUCCGACAGCAGGACGGCGGCGAGGAGUCCCUCCUCGAUCUGGACAUUGCCUACCCCAUCAUCCAGCCCCAGAACGUCGUCAUCUUCCAGAACAAGCCGCUGCGGGACAACUUUAGCCAGUUCUUCGCCGACUGGGCGAGCGCCGUCGACAAGAAGUUCUGCAAGGAGGACCCCAACUACGACCGCAGACUCAUGUGCGGCAAGUACCAGCCGUCCAACGUCAUGUCCGUCUCCUACGGCGAUGCUGAGAUGGACGAGCCUGUCGAGGUUGUUCAGCGUGUUUGCAACGAGUUCAUGAAGCUCGGCACGGUCGGCGUCACCAUCGUCGUCUCCAGCGGCGACACUGGUGUUGCCAGCCGUCAGAACCAGUGCGCCGGUCCUCACAAUGACAUCUUCACGCCCUCUUUCUUGGCCGUCUGCCCAUACGUCACUGCUGUUGGCUCGACCGUCCUUCCCAAGGGCAGAAAGGUUGGCGACGCCGAGGUCGUCACCACCUCCUUCUCUCCCGGUGGUGGCUUCUCCAACAUCUUCCCUCGCCCCGACUACCAGAAAGACGUCGUCUCCAACUACCUCCUCCGCCACAACCCCAACUACUUCUCCUACGAGACCACCAACGGCACCAUCCCGAGCGACCCCAACAACCGCGGCAUCUACAACCGUGCUGGCAGAGGUUACCCUGACGUCGCUGCUCUUGGCGACAACGGCCUCGUGGUCGUUCACGGCAAGCCGGGUCUGAGCGGUGGCACCUCCAUGUCCUCGCCCAUCGUCGCGGCCAUCUUUAACCGCAUCAACGACGUCCGCAUGAACGCUGGCAAGGGCCCUAUCGGAUUCGCCAACCCUGCCCUCUACGACGCCGCCGCGAACGUUGAUGGUUUCUUCAACGACAUUACCGAGGGUGACCAGUCCCUGGGUGGCAUCUUCAGCGACCGCGGCUUCAGUGCAUGUGGCAACAAGGGCUUCAGCGCCGUCGAGGGCUGGGACCCUGUCUCGGGCCUGGGCACGCCCAACUACGACAAGUGGGUGGACUACUUCUUGGAGUUGUAA